CUUAAGUUGAAAAAGUAGUACAAACUUGCGCGACCAGAAUUAGAAUAUCAUCCCGAUACGACGGUAAGAGCACACGGCAGCACGCUUUAUCUUCAACAGCCUUUACAUCUACUGCGCGCCCAAAAUCAUCAUGAUGCCAACAUCUGCGCCUUCCCCCAGGUCCGGACAAGUCCUGAGCAUUCUUCAGGAGGAACACCGCCAGACGGAAAAACUGCUGCUCUCUGAAGAUUAUUUCAUGCAGGGAGCGGAAACUUGGGGCCAGGAGGACAUCGCCUUGGAUCAGGAAGAAUUGAGGAACGACGGUGAUGGUACAUCUUCUGACAAUUUUUAUGACAACGAGUUCGGCAGCGGGUCAGAGAAAAAUGACCUUUCGUCCAACGAUUCCGAUUUGGAACUUUCCGACUUUAAAAACUUCUUCCCGGCUGCCGACGAGGAGAACAAGAGCGCGGACAAAUCCGCUGCGAAAAAUACAACUGCAGGUGGACCCGCUGCUGCUGCUGUUCCCCGUGCUCAAUUAUCGUCCUCCUCAUCUUCUUCCCGCAUGGUGGAUAGGAAAGAACAAACUAUCGACAACCAGCCUGGUGCGUCCAAAAACGCCUUGCAGAACAAGGAACGGAAACAGCAGGCGAGGCUGCUUUUGCAGAAACAAUUUGAAGACAGAGAGAAGCAGCGGAGGAUGAAGAAGAGAAUCCAGUUUGACAUCGGAAGGAUCGGGUUGAAAAAUCAUAAAGGAGCGCAGCUGCAUAAUGGAGGCGCUGCUUUUCGCAAGAACACCGCCUCCUGUUCCAUCCACCACAAAGCGAUUCACCACCUCCGCAGGGUCUGUCCGCAUGUGAGUACAAGGGUUCCGAAGAGGUUGUUGCAGCACCUAGUGGACGAGCAAGGAAAUAAAAAAGUUUCGACAACCGCUUCUGUUGGUGGCGGAACAUCUGCUAUCGUGCUGGCGGAGGAGGAGAACAACAAUAACAGCGACCUGACCCUGAAGGCGUCGGCAAAUGAAAAUUUAGUACCUUAUUUUCCACCGCGCAAGACAACUACGACGGGUGGACGAGGAACGUCGUCAGGAGCUACUGAUCUGGUCCUCCGUGAAGUCCAAGUCGGAGAGGAUAUCAAAGAAGCCGGCGUUCAUCAUCUCCCGGCAAAUUCCCAAGAAACAUCAGCAACCUCCAGCACUGCGAGCAAAAAGACCACGGGCUGGACCCUCGUGGAGAAAAAAGAUCUCCCCAUUCGGCACUUCUACGGCCACAAGUGGAUCAAGGCGGCGACGGAGGAGGAGGAGGUCGCGAACCUGCAUUCCUACGCAUGCUUGUUCGACCGGUUCCUGCAUAAGCAGGGCGGACUGGGGGUGGGGGCGAUGAAUGUCAGGGAUGAGAUAUCAAAAUGAAAAAUGCCCCCUCCCCAUACUGGAGCGGAGAUUUGUGUAGCAUGAUUUGUGACCACAAAUACUGUUGUCAUGAUGCUAGAAGGCAAAAGAAGCGGACUGUAGUGCUGGGCGACAUAGGAAAGCCUUGCAUCUUCAACAUGACAGAGAGCAACUGGAAGUGGGAAACAGCAUGACAAAUUAUUGCCUGCAAUUAAGGCCGCGACUACGUUUCUUGGCCUUCUAGCAAUACAAGUCGAUUUGUGUACUCAAAUACAGCAUCACAAAUUUCGGGUUCGAUAUGGGGAGGGGGGAUUUUUCCUUUUGAUAUGAGCUGGAACGGGACCAGUUGCGGGUGGAGGAGGCGUAUGGAUUGCAAAAAUAUCUGGGUCUGGAAGCUUGUAAUGCUAAAAGUGAAUGAUAGGCGCACUGGAAUACCAGCUAUGCAUGACAAAUUUUUUGGCUGCCGUGUCUUACGUAUUAUGCAUGGCAAACUGCGUCGUUGCGUGACAGGUAAGAGGGCCUUUUCGUGCCUAUGCAACACAGAUUCUCGAGUCAUGCCAGACAAGCAUGACAAACUUGCAUUCUUCCAGACCCACACAUUUUUGCAAUUCACAAGACGAUUAGGAAAAAACUGGAACAAACGGAUAAACUGCAGAUGAACAAGAAGCAGCUGCUGAACUGCAUCACAAAUGACGGUAGAAGAAGCACUUCUCCUUUGGAACAAACAGGAGAGGUGGACCACGCGGAGGACAUGGCAAUGGUUCUGGUGGAUGACCAGGAACUACAUCAAGUGAGUGACCAACUCGCCUGCAACGGCAACUAUCUGGAUGAUGAGAAGGAACUACAGGCGCAACUUCUAGGAGAAAGAUUGGAAGAAGAUAGCAGUCUCACCCUCUUCGCGGGCCUGAUGCAGCAGGAGGGCCCGGUACCAUCGUCGACUUCUUCAUCAUCAGGGUCGGAUCACAACAGAGCAGCAGGCCACAGCAGCCAUUAUUUUCAACAACCGCGAGGAGCGCGAGAAAAAAUCCCGGAUCACGUGCUGUUUGCGGGCUCGGACGAGGAAGACGUUGACGUUUUUUCUUCCGACGGGGACCGCAGCAGUGGUUCAGCGGUGGAGCAAAUGGGUCGUGACGAUGGAGAUAAUUCAUUUGGUUUGAAAAAGUUCUUUGUGAACCAGAACUACAGUGGCGAAAUUUUGAAUAAGAACAACAAGGUGGCCCACUUUCGGGAGGGCCCUGGUCGUUUUUACUUCGGGGAACAGCAGCACUUUGAUGUUGGGGAACAAGAAGCAGACUCUACUCGCGACGUCGAGAUGGUACAACAAGAACCCACAGGAAUAAACGGCAACAGCACUGGUGUUAUCGAUCUCACCGAGGAAGUAGGGGAUGCGAGUGAGAAAAAGAAGCUGGCUUAUUGCAACAAAAACGACGACAGUGAUGCGCACGCGUCCUUUUUCCGUCUGCCUGGGGUCGUGUGCGAUGAAAACCAAAACUUCGGUUCAUUUCCCACGACCGCGGCGGCGCAACAAGAAGAACAACUAAAGUACAAAAACCCCGGGAGCGGUGCCGCGGCAGCAGCUAAUAGUAGAUGCACCAGGACAACUUCUAUCUCUACGAAGUUUCGGCUGCCGGAAAUCAGUGUUGGAUGCACCAGUACGAAGUUUCGGCUGCCGGAAAUCAGUGUUGGGGCUAACGUGGAGAUGCUGAAUCAGACAAGAGUAGAACAAGGAGAACAAGAAUCUGCUAUCGUGGUCAGUGAUAGUGAAGACGAUGAUUGUAGUGCAAGACCUAGAACUGCCAAGCGGGGCCGGAUUCCAGAGAGAGAAACGGAAAUGGUGGAUCUCACAUCGGAGUAAAUUUUAUAUAACAGGAGGAAAAAUGUUUCUCCAAGAGUUUGUACGAUUGAUUCAGAUUUUGCGAUUCUGAUCUUCGAGCGGAAGACAAGAAAAUGAUACUUACCCCCUCCAGAUUUACUUUUUUGCAAAAGUGGUUAUUUAGGCAAAAAUUCGCUGUGGUCUAUUUUCUCUUCGGGCCACAUCUACUUCGAAGAACUUUUGUCGCAGAGGAAUUCUGCUUUACCGGACGGUCUGGUGAGGACCGGUACCAGGGUAGAAGUUUCUUGAAACGAGGAACAAUAAAAGAUUUUUUCUUUUUGAUUUGCCUUUAUUUUUGCGAGGUAUUCUUAUUCACAUCAUAUGUGUUUCGUGAGCGAAUUUCAAUUUGCAAGCUUCGAUGAAGAUGAGA